UAGAUUUCAUUGAGAACUCGAGGUGCAGCAGGUUAACAUCUAUGAACUGAUUCCUCUUGGAGGCUUUUCACUCUCCUUUCUCUGUCUGUUGGAUUUAUCUUUCCUUCCACGGGAUUUUUCUUCACGAGACAACAUCUGGAGAGAAACCAAACUAGCUGGAUCUAUGCCAACCCUACGCGGGAGUUCACGACAUUUGUGAAGUUGAAGAGGAGGAAUGUAUCGUUUCUUUGUGAAACUAAUAUUUCUGAUUCCUGCAAUCGUCGGUUCACAAGGUCUGAAAUGCUCCUCACCCACUGAAUCAUGCCUAAAUAACGGAAGAUGCGAAGCCACCGCAAAUGGAAACGGAGAAUGCAAGUGUCCCAGUGACUACAUAGGCAAUCGGUGCCAGCAUCUAAACCCCUGCAGCCCCUCACCCUGCCACAAUGGUGGCGAAUGUCGGGCUAUUUCUCACGGUAACACGUUCGACUUCCACUGCGUGUGCCGCCUGGGUUUCACCGAUCGGCUAUGCCUGACUCCUUCCAACCACGCCUGCAUGAGCUCCCCCUGUCGCAAUGGCGGAACAUGCGAUCUGAUUACCCUGAUGGCCUACCGCUGCCGCUGCCCGCCCGGAUGGUCAGGAAAAACAUGCCAGCUCGCCAACCCAUGUGCUUCCAACCCAUGUGCAAAUGGUGGCCAGUGCUCAGCCUUCGACUCCACCUACAUCUGCACCUGCCCGCCCACCUUCAGUGGUCAGACCUGCAAGCAGGACGUCAACGAAUGUGCCCAGACCCCCUUGCCUUGCCGUAACGGCGGCACGUGCGUGAAUGAGGUGGGCUCAUACCAUUGCCGCUGUCCUUCAGACUACGUGGGUAACCACUGCGAGACCCCCUACAUGCCGUGCAGCCCCUCACCAUGCCAGAAUGGAGGCACCUGCAUCCAGAAAGGAGACACCACCUUUGACUGCAGCUGUCUGCCAGGCUUUACAGGUCAAAGCUGCGAGCAUAACAUUGAUGACUGUCCAGGCCACAACUGCCAGAAUGGUGGUGUGUGUGUAGAUGGUGUGAACACCUACAACUGCCAGUGCCCGCCUCACUACACAGGUCAAUACUGCACUGAAAAUGUGAACGAGUGUGAGCUGAUGCCCAACGCCUGUCAGAACGGAGGCACGUGCCACGACACUCACGGCAGCUUCCACUGCGUCUGCGUCAACGGGUGGACUGGUGACGACUGCAGUGAGAACAUCGACGACUGUGCCAGCGCGGCUUGUUAUCACGGUGCCACCUGCCACGACCGCGUGGCUUCCUUCUUCUGCGAGUGCCCUCAUGGGCGUACAGGUCUGCUAUGUCACCUCGACGACGCCUGCAUCAGCAACCCCUGUCAAAAGGGCUCCAACUGUGACACUAAUCCAGUCAAUGGCAAGGCGAUUUGCACCUGCCCCCCUGGGUACACUGGAUCAGCCUGUAAUCUGGAUAUUGAUGAGUGCUCCCUUGGAGCCAACCCAUGUGAACAUGGUGGUCGCUGCCUCAACACCAAAGGCUCCUUCCAGUGCAAGUGUCUUCAGGGAUACGCAGGCCCUCGCUGCGAGAUGGACGUCAAUGAAUGCAUGUCCAACCCCUGCCACAACGACGCCACCUGUCUAGACCAGAUUGGAGGGUUCCACUGCAUCUGUAUGCCAGGUUACGAGGGCGUGUUUUGCCACAUCAACAUAGAUGAAUGCGCCAGCCAACCUUGUCUCAAUAAUGGCAAGUGCGUCGACAAGAUCAACUCCUUCCACUGCGAGUGUCUCAAAGGCUUUUCAGGGAAUCUCUGUCAGGUGGAUAUUGAUGAGUGUGCCAGCACCCCUUGCAAAAAUGGAGCUAAGUGUACAGAUGGGCCAAACAAGUACACAUGCGAAUGUGCUGAAGGUUACUCAGGACAGCACUGUGAGACUGACAUCAACGAGUGCUACUCUGACCCCUGCCAUUAUGGCACCUGCAAGGAUGGCCUGGCCUCCUUCACCUGCUUGUGUCGCCCUGGCUACACUGGUCGCCUGUGUGAGACCAACAUCAAUGAGUGUCUGAGCCAGCCCUGCAAAAAUGGUGGCACUUGCCAGGACAGGGAGAACUCCUAUCUCUGCUCCUGCCCCAAAGGCACUGCCGGUUUCAACUGUGAGGUGAACCUGGACGACUGCAAGAGCAAACCCUGUGACUAUGGAAGAUGCAUAGACAAAAUCAAUGGCUACGAGUGUGCAUGUGAACCGGGUUACUCAGGAGCAAUGUGUAACAUCAACAUUGAUGACUGCGCCAUCAACCCCUGUCACAACGGGGGCACUUGUAUCGACGGCAUAAACAGCUUUGCCUGCCUGUGUCCAGAGGGCUACAACGAUGCCACAUGUCUGUCGCAGGUGGACGAAUGUGGCAGUAAUCCGUGCAUCCACGGCCGGUGCCAGGACCUCAUCAAUGGCUACAAAUGUACGUGUGACUCCGGAUGGAGCGGUCCCAACUGUGACAUCAAUAACAACGAGUGCGAGUCCAACCCGUGCAUGAAUGGGGGAAUGUGCAAGGACAUGACAAGCGGAUAUCACUGCACGUGCAGAGCCGGCUUCACUGGGCCUAACUGCCAAACUAACAUCAACGAGUGUGCCUCCAACCCCUGCCUCAACCAGGGCACCUGCAUCGACGAUGUGGCUGGAUACAAGUGCAACUGUUUGCUUCCCUACACUGGUGAAAACUGCGAGACCCUGCUGGCUCCCUGCAACCCCAGACCAUGUAAAAAUGGUGGAGUAUGCAGGGAAUCUGAAGACUACCAGAGCUUCUCUUGCAGCUGCCCUGAAGGAUGGCAAGGUCAAACGUGUGAGAUCGACAUUAAUGAGUGCGUGAAGAACCCGUGUCGCAAUGGUGCGUUUUGCCAUAACACUAUGGGUGGCUACCAGUGUAAAUGCCAGCCAGGUUACACUGGCCAGAAAUGCGAGACAGACAUUGAUGACUGCAAACCAAAUCCCUGCAGUAACGGUGGCCUGUGCCAUGAUGGCAUCAACAGCUUCACCUGCACCUGCCCUCCUGGGUUCCGUGGCAACAGAUGUGAGCAGGACAUAAACGAGUGCGAAAGCAACCCCUGUAAAAACGGGGCCAACUGCACAGAUUGUGUCAACAGCUACACCUGCACCUGCCCCCUUGGCUUUAGCGGCAUUAACUGUGAGAUCAACACCAACGACUGCACUGACAGCUCUUGCUUCAAUGGUGGCACCUGUGUGGAUGGAAUUAAUGCGUUCACCUGCCUGUGUCUACCUGGAUUCACUGGCAGUUACUGCCAGUAUGAUAUCAAUGAGUGUGACUCUAAACCAUGUCUCAAUGGAGGAACCUGUCUGGACAGUUAUGGGACUUACAAAUGCACCUGUCCUCAUGGCUACACAGGAGUCAACUGCCAGAAUCUGGUGCGCUGGUGUGAUUCUUCCCCCUGUAAAAACGGAGGCACUUGCUGGCAGCAGGGGGCCUCUUACACCUGCCAGUGCCAGUCUGGGUGGACUGGCCUCUACUGCGACAUCCCAAGUGUCUCCUGUGAGGUAGCAGCCAAACAGCAAGGAGUGGAAGUUGCUCACUUGUGCAGAAACUCAGGCCAGUGUCUGGACGCUGGGAACACACAUUACUGCCGCUGCCAGGCUGGCUACACUGGGAGCUACUGUCAGGAGCAGGUGGACGAGUGCUCACCCAAUCCUUGCCAGAAUGGAGCCACGUGUACUGAUUAUCUGGGAGGUUACAGUUGUGAGUGUGUCCCGGGCUACCACGGUGUAAACUGCUCAAAGGAGAUCAACGAAUGUCAGUCUCAGCCCUGCCAGAAUGGAGGCACGUGCAUCGACCUUAUCAACACAUACAAGUGCUCAUGCCCCAGAGGAACGCAAGGUGUCCACUGUGAAAUAAAUCUAGAUGACUGCAACCCCUUCACUGACCCACUGACCAAUGAGCCCAAGUGCUUCAACAAUGGCAAGUGUGUGGACCGCAUUGGAGGCUACCAGUGUGUUUGCCCACCGGGCUACGUCGGUGAGCGCUGUGAAGGUGAUGUCAACGAGUGUCUGUCGGACCCGUGCGACCCCAGGGGGUCCUACAACUGCAUACAGCUUACCAACAGCUACCGCUGCGAAUGCCGCACGGGAUACACAGGCCAGCGUUGUGACAAAGUGUUUGACGGCUGCAAAGGACGACCUUGCAGAAACGGAGGGACAUGUGCUGUUGCCAGUAACACACCUCAUGGUUUCAUCUGCAAGUGCCCAAGUGGGUUUACCGGCUCUUCUUGUGAGUACGAUUCUCGGUCCUGCGGAAGUCUGAAUUGCAGAAACGGUGGCACAUGUGUGUCCGGCCACCUCGGUCCACGGUGCCUGUGUUCGCCAACCUUCACUGGGCCUGAGUGCCAGACGCCUACUGACAGCCUCUGCAUCUCCAAUCCCUGUUACAACGGCGGAACGUGCCAGAUCACGCCGGAAGCACCCUUCUUUCAGUGCAGUUGCCCCAGCAAUUUCAACGGCUUGCUUUGCCACAUUCUGGACUACUCCUUUGUCGGAGGUUUCGGUCGUGACAUCACCCCGCCUCCCGAAGUGGAGGUGAGCUGUGAGAUUCCUCAGUGCGACGAGUGGGCGGGCAACCACAUCUGCGACUCGCUGUGCAACAACCACGCCUGCGGUUGGGACGGAGGAGACUGCUCGCUGAAUUUUGAUGAUCCUUGGCAAAACUGCUCUGCUGCGCUGCAGUGCUGGCGAUACUUCAACGAUGGCAAAUGUGACGGCCAGUGCAACAGCCCCGGAUGCCUUUACGAUGGCUUUGACUGCCAGGGACAGGAAGGACAAUGCAACCCACUGUACGACCAGUACUGUAAAGAUCACUACGCGGAUGGUCACUGUGACCAGGGCUGCAACAAUGCAGAGUGUGAAUGGGAUGGUCUCGACUGUGCUAACAACAUGCCGGAGAAGCUAGCAGAUGGCCACUUAGUCCUGGUGGUUCACAUCCUCCCUGAACAACUAAAAAACCACUCGUCAGCCUUCCUCAGAGACCUCAGCAGCGUCCUGCACACUAAUGUGGUGUUCCGCCGCGAUGCCAAGGGAGAACCCAUGAUCUUCUCUUACUAUGGCAAUGAACAGGACCUGGUGAAACACAACGUGCUGAAGCGCUCCACUGAUGGUUGGCCGGACUGGGCUUCGAUGCCAUCCAGUGUUUUAGGCCAAGUGAAGGAGAGCGUCUCCACCAUGGUUAGCCCGCGGAAGCGCAGGGAGCUGGAUCCUUUGCAAGUCAAAGGCUCAAUCGUGUACUUGGAGAUUGACAACCGUCAGUGCUACCAGCAGUCUACAGAAUGUUUCCAGAGUGCCACAGAUGUUGCUGCGUUCCUUGGAGCCCUUGCCUCCAGAGGGAACCUCAAUGUCCCUUACAUUGAAGCUGUUACAAGUGUCAGACCCCAUCCCCCCAACACGGAGCUCUACCCCAUGUACGUGGUUUUCCUGGGUUUGGCUGCUUUAGGUUUCCUCUGCCUGGGUGUUCUAGUGUCUCGCAAACGCAGACGGGAGCACGGCCAGCUCUGGCUCCCCGAGGGAUUCAAAGUGUCUGAGCCCAGCAAAAAGAAACGCAGGGACCCACUGGGAGAGGAUUCUGUUGGACUGAAGCCUAUGAAAAACUCUGACAUCAAUCUCAUGGAUGACAACCAAAAUGAAUGGGGUGAUGAUGAUCCUGACUGCAGGCCCUUUAGGUUUGAGGAGCAGGCCAUGUUGGAUUUGUGUGACCACACCGACCACAGGAAAUGGACACAGCAGCACCUGGAUGCAGCCGACCUGCGUAUUGCAUCUAUUGCGCCUACUCCUCCUCAGGGAGAGAUAGAGAACGACUGCAUGGAUGUCAAUGUCAGAGGCCCAGAUGGUUUUACCCCCCUGAUGAUUGCCUCCUGCAGCGGUGGAGGGCUAGAGACCGGUAACAGUGAGGAAGAAGAGGAUCCUUCUGCAGAAAUCAUCUCGGAUUUCAUUUAUCAGGGUGCCAACCUUCACAACCAGACCGACCGCACAGGAGAGACCGCCCUCCACCUGGCUGCCCGCUACGCCCGCUCUGAUGCUGCCAAGCGCCUCCUGGAGUCCAGUGCAGAUGCCAACGUUCAGGACAACAUGGGCCGCACCCCGCUUCACGCUGCUGUGGCCGCAGAUGCGCAAGGAGUGUUCCAGAUUUUAAUCCGAAACCGCGCCACGGAUCUUGAUGCCCGCAUGCAUGAUGGAACAACGCCCUUGAUCCUUUCUGCUCGACUGGCAGUUGAGGGAAUGGUGGAAGAGCUCAUUAACUGCCACGCUGAUGCCAACGCCACGGAUGACUCUGGUAAAUCUGCUCUUCACUGGGCUGCAGCCGUGAACAACGUGGAGGCUGCUAUGGUCCUGCUGAAAAAUGGCGCCAACAAAGACAUGCAAGACAACAAGGAGGAGACGCCGCUCUUCCUUGCAGCCCGUGAAGGCAGCUUCGAGACUGCUAGAAUUCUCCUGGACCACUUUGCCAAUCGUGAGAUCACCGAUCACCUCGACCAGCUGCCCAGAGACAUUGCCCAAGAACGCAUGCACCACGACAUCGUCCGACUCCUGGAUGAGUACAAUGUGGUCACGAGUCCUGGGCUUCACAGUGCCCCACUGAGUACGCCCAGCCUCUCCCCACCUCUUUGCUCCCCCAAUGACUAUCUCAGCAACCUCAAGCCCAGUCUUUCUGCCAAGAAGGUUCGCAAACCUAGCUCCGCUGUAAAAGGGGGAAAAGAUGGAGGCAAAGAUAACAGAUUAAAGAAGAAAAAAUCACCAGACGGGAAGAGUUUGCUGGACACAGCCGUUCUCUCUCCAGUUGAGUCUCUUGAGUCCCCCCAUGGUUACCUGUCUGAUGUAGCCUCUCCACCCAUGACAUCACCCUUCCAGCAGUCACCACCGAUGUCUCUAAAUCAUCUACAAGGCAACGGAGACUCUCUUAUGAGUCAGAUGAGCAUGAGUAAGGAUAUGAGCUGUAUGUCUUUUGACCCAAACCCACCCCGUCUCUCUCAUCUCCCCGUGUCCAGCCCUAGCAGUCAGGGUACAACUUCCAUAGGUAGCAGCAGAGGAGGCCAGUGUGACUGGGUCUCCAGGAUGCAUCCAGGUGUAGGCCAGCAGGGAGGUUUCACCCAAGCGCCACCUAUAACCCACAACAUGAUGGGCCCUCUGCAUGGCAUCAGCACCGCUACUUUGUCUCAGAUCAUGGGCUACCAGAACAUGACGACCAGUCACCUCGGCUCCUCUGCACACAUGAUGCACCAGGCUCACUCGCGGCAGCUCCAGCAUCAAAACUCCAACUCCACUACCGGCCAAACCCUCAACCAGAGCUUCCCAAAUAUUGAGCUGAAUGGUUCCGAUAUGCAGCAAAAUAGUGGCUCAGGCCGCCCUGUGGCCAUCCACACGGUGAUGCCCCAGGAGACGCAGAUCCUGGGCACGCAGUUCCUCACGCCUCCUUCCCAGCACAGCUAUUCUGGCCCAAUGGACAACACACCCAAUCAUCAGGUACAGGUGCCCGACCACCCAUUUCUAACUCCAUCCCCCGGCUCCCCCGACCAGUGGUCCAGCUCGUCCCCACAUUCCAACAUGUCCGACUGGUCAGAGGGCAUCUCCAGCCCACCUACAAGCAUCCAUUCACAGAUGAAUCUGAUCCCAGAGCAGUUUAAAUAGACACUUGUUAAAUGGACAGGAUUCUUUAGUGGAAAAGUAGAUUUAUAAAGUUCUCACACAGAAUGCGACAAACUUGACUCAGCACAGAAGGAGGAUCCUUUUUUAUAUCAGUUUUUUACUAACGAUAAGAACAGUUUUAGUAAUUUUGUAUUUAUUUAUGUGCUUUUUUUGACCUUUGAAUAUAAAAAAAGAUGCUUUUAUAUUUAUGUUUUUUGUUAUGUAUGGGGAAAGUAGAAUUUGUUUAAAAGGAGUGUAUAUCCACAAAAAGACUCCUUGAUGUGUACACUGGCUAUUUAUUUGUGUCUUAUGUUGCUAAAUUCACUGGAUUUAUUUUAAGCUUUCGGCACAUUGGUCCUUGCAAAUAUUAUUUUUGAAUGUGCGUGUUUGUACAGAUUUUCUUCAACUUUUAGAGAUUAUUUCAAAUUUUCAGUAUUAAUUGAUUAUAUUUUAACCUCCAUGUCUUUUUGACACAGCUUUUAUUAAUUGAACUACUUUUCACUAAGUCUUAUCACUGAGUCUGUGUUAGAUGAUGAUCAGAUACAUAUAUUAAAUGGACAAGAGUAACAAAGACGCUUAUAGAGAUAUUGGACCUGAACACACACAACAAAUGUGUUUUAUCUCUUAAGAUAUGCUUUUCCAAAUUAUCCUGAGCCUAUUUUUGUUGGAUACCCACCAGGGAUGGUGCAGAGUAAUAGAGUUGUGAUCAUUUAUGAUGCAGAGGCAAGUUCUUCUGUCAUAAUGGAUCCCAAAACGUUAAUUAUGGUUACCAUGUUUACCCUGUGUUGCAAACCUGACGUAGAAUGUUGAAAUGUUACAUUUGUGACAUUUCAAAAAUAGUGCCAGUGUGAUUUCUGUUUUUCUUAAGGAAAGCAAUGUAUUUGUGAAAUUUCUUGUAAAAUUGUCUUCAAGGUGGUGUUAGAUGAACUGGGGACCUUUUUGUGUUUAAUGACGCCUGCUGCACUUUUGUGCAAGUGUAGUUUAAGGUGUCCUAAUGUCAUGUUUUAUAAACUAAUCCACAGAUGGGGUUUUAAGAGAAGAUGUACUUCAAAUUCAAUGUUCAUGAAAAGUAUUUCUUGAUUAAAAAUGUUUUGUACAAAGUGUCUUGAUUCAAUAAAAGCUAUUGUUGUCCUUUAAAAUA